AUGAGCGGGGGCUAUAAUGUAGAGAAAAAGGAUAUUGAAGAUAUUGUAAAGAAAUCUGCCUAUUUUACCCGCGGGGGCUUAAAUUCGCCUUAUGUGGAUCAGGAAGUGAAGAUUGGUGUGGAUGGUAAUGGGGAAGGAGUGUUCAGGACUGAAAGGAAAUAUGUGCAUCCGCAAAUUAUUUUUGCGGAGAUUGUGGCUUUUUUGUUUAAUUUUGUGAGCUGCUUUGGCCAUAUGGAUUUUGUGGCAUUGUUUGACGCGGGGGCAUGCUUGGACGUGGAUGUUGAGGGACGACGAUCUCUUAGAUCGUGGGAUGAAUUGAAGAGAGUGGCAAGAAAAUGUCUGCUGAAAUGGCAUACUGAUAAAGCGGGGGCUGGGGGAUUAGAGGCUUGUCAACUGGCACACAAGGCUUUUGGCUAUCUUAUUCAAAAAACCAAAAUUUUUUUAAAAAAUCUUUCUUGA